AUGGGCGGCAGACGCAAGACGCUGCUGGUGUCGGUGCUCCUGCUGCUCGCUGUGGCGCUGCUGAGCGUCCCGACGACGGCCGAGUGCCCCAACGGAUGCUCGGGCAACGGCGCGUGUAUGGCCAAGGACAUGUGCAACUGCUAUAAGAACUACCAGGGCAACGACUGCAUGGACCGCACGUGUCAGUUCGGCUACGCGCACGUGGACACACCUAAGGGGGAUAUUAACAUGGAUCAAGACCGCAGGACGGCGAAUUGGAUUCUCACCAAUUCACAGCAGCAUCCCGCAGGCACGUACGAGUACUUCAACCCGGACGCGGCGACCAGCGAGGCCCACUUCUACAUGGAGUGCUCCAACAAGGGACUGUGUGAUCGAUCGCUGGGGACGUGCACGUGCUUCGACGGCUACGAAGGUGUGGCGUGCCAGAGAGCGGCUUGCCCCAACAAGUGCAGUGGGCACGGAACGUGCGAAAGUAUUCGGGAGCUUGGACUGAAGACGCCGGGCACACUCUUUGGGAUCCCAGACAAUGCUGAUCAUAUUUCGUACGAUCUUUGGGAUAGUCGAGUCACCUACGGCUGCCGCUGCGACCCAUGGUAUCAUGGAGCUGACUGUUCGCUGCGGUCCUGCAAAGUUGGUGUGGAUCCGAUGUUUUUGUCGGUGGGUUCGGCAACGCAAGAAGCGUUCGUACUUCAUGUGUUUACCACGGGGACUUUCACAGCAAACGCGGCAAGCGGACCGCCAGAGAACUACGUUCGCCUUCGCCUCUUUGACUACCACGGGGAAUCGUAUAUCACUGAGGCGAUUCCCAUCGUAAAUGACGCGGGCAGUACAGCUAAUGCGGCUACCAACGCUGAUGCCGUGGCCGCAGCUAUCAAGCGCGUUCCGAACCAGACUUUUCGCAAGGUGUUGUGCGAACGGUUAGGCAUGUCGAAUGGCGACCUUGAUGGGUAUUUAUCUUCCCGUACCGCGUCGUCAAAGGGUCUUACAGUUUUCUGCCAAUUUUAUGACAACCCGGGUCGACUUCGUGCGCCGGAAGUGGCCGCCUUUGACUUCAAGGGCGUAGUGGACCCGUUGGCAAAGUCUGCCAAGGUAUACACGGUGGAGGAUGGUUUCGAUAACGAGUGGUUCACCACGGAUUCCAGCAUCGCCUUUGUUAGCAUUGACAACGACCCCAGCGCCACCCCAGCUGGCACUUUCACGAAAAUCACUGUGAGCAGCCCUGCCAGUGCUGUGGUUGAUGCAAACCCGACGUUGUUCAAGUUUGGAUCGCAUGUAUUUGUGGGAAAGCUAAACCCCCUCACGUUGAUCACACUUACCUACCCAACCAAGCACACACUUUCGACUAAGAACAACCGUUUCGACGUCGCGGUUGGUUCCGGCUUCACUGUUACAGAGCUCGUUUGCACUGCGGUCGUAGUGGGAUCUACUACAAUCACAGUGACCACGGAUCCUGCGUUCACAACUGGGCAGCUUGUGUUUUUCGAGAACCUGUUCUACAAACCGCAGAAGGUGGUCGAUACGAGCGUUACGGCAACUCCAGGUCCCUGGGCCAUUACAAUCGAUCGACCGUUCCCUGGUAAUACUAUGGAUGGUGGAGACAACACGAUCCUGAAGGUCUACAAAGUCACACCGCCCGAUAAAAGCUACCAGUACAACUACGUCUCCCCGUGCUCCGGCCGCGGCCUCUGCGGCACCGAGACGGGCGUCUGCGCCUGCUUCAAGGGAUACACUAACGACAAUUGUGACACCCAGAAUAUUUUAGCGCUCUAG